AUGACCCGAUGGAAUUUGCCAAUUCUAUUUCAAAAUAAACACUAUAUUAUCGUCAAUAAGCCUAAUGGAGUUCUUUCCCAAUCUCCUGAUUUGAGGACAUGGUGGUUACAUCAUAAGUAUGAGCCUCCAGUGUUGAUGGAUCUUUUACGCACACAGUAUCCGGAUAUAUGCCAGGCACAGUGGAGGACAGUACACAGACUGGAUGCGACCGUGACUGGUGGUAUUUUGAUAUCGUGUACACGCACUGCAGCUUCCAAAUUCAGCAAGAAUCUUGCCCUGGGAGGGAAUAGUGGGUAUAAGUUCACCAGAAAAUAUAUUGCAUUAGUUACGGGAAGUUCAAUUGAUUCUUUUCCUGAUGAGGGAAGAUUGAUGAUAAACGAUAUGGUUUCAGAUUAUAAACGUUUGGGUGAUAACUUAGUUCUCUUUCAGCUACACACAGGAAAGAAGCAUCAAAUUCGCAUACAGUUAUCGAAGGUAUUCCAGCAACCUAUAGUCAACGACGUAAAAUAUGGGGCAGAUGCUAUUCCCAAUCUGGAAGAUAUCAUAGGUCUACAUUCGGCGCUUAUUAGCACCGAAAUUGGACUAACUAGAGAAAAUCAUUUAAUUCCCAUCCCUUGCGAUAGUAAUGCUCGAAAAUUAUGGAACGGGUAUGUGGACGCUAAUGGAGAAUUUAAUGAUUUGAUUACUGAAUCUUUAUAUGACUUUUCACUUCCAAGUAGACUAGACCGGAUAUUGAAAAUUACGCCAGCUGGGUCAACAAAUAUUCAGAUAGCCUACAAAUCAAAAAUCGGUUCAUUCUGA